AGGAGGACUCCAGACAGUCUCCGGACAGAACAGGUUCCUGCAGAAGAAGAGGAGCAGGACGUUUCUCUGGUGAUUUGUCAGAAUCUCCACUAACGGACCGAGUUUCUUUGGUUCAGGUUUGUUUUUAAAGUUUCACAGCUCGUAGGAAGCAGCAGUUAGUGUCAGUUAGUGUCAGUUAGUGUCAGUUAGCGUCAGUUAGCAUCAUCCAUCUCUUCACUAUGAACCGUCCCUCGUCCCUGUUUACGAUGUGCUGGCUCAUUUCAACUUGUUGGAUUCUCUUCACCUUCACGCGUGUUGCCGCUGGAUCAGUUCUAAGAGACGGACACGGACCAGAUGUCAUCAAACUGUUUGUGACAGAAGGAAAUGAUGUCAUCCUGCCCUGCUCUCCAGGACCCAACGUGAACAUCGAAGCAACAGUGUUCGACUGGAAGAAAGAAAACAAGGAGGUGUUCAUGUUCACUAAGGACAAAUUCUUCGGAAACAGCCGAGCGGAUCAGGAUCAGGAUUUUAAAGGACGAGUUUCUCAUUUUGCUGAAGAGCUGAAGCAGGGAAACGCCUCCAUACUCCUCAGAGACACCAGGAUUACUGACAGUGGGAACUACACCUGCAUCUUUCCUCAUCUUGUGCCAGAGCAAACAUGCAGGAUUGAGCUGGUUGUUGAAAUGAUCUUCAGAAACAGAUUAGGACAAAACGAGGGUGCAGCUACAACUCCAUAUGUAAAGAUACGUAACGUCACAGGAGAUGGGGUACUGCUGGAGUGUUUGGUUCCAGGUGCUCAUCCAGAGCCUCAGGUCGAGUGGCAGACGAGUGAUGGGAGUGUCGUCCCUGCUGAGGAACCACAGGUCUCUCCAAGAGGACACCGCUUUGAUGUCCUCCUCCUCACCACCGUGAAGAAGACCACUACCAACAUGUACCGCUGUGUGGUCAAGCAGGAGGGCUUCGGCCAUGUGAUCCACAAUGAGCUCCUUGUGCCAGACAAUCUCUUCGAGGACAAGUCCCCCCUCAUAAUAACUUUAAUAGUAGCUCUGGUUAUUGCACUUCUGGUGAUUGCAAUUCUAGUAAUCAUCAUCAUGAACCAGAGGAAAAAAGCAAAGCAGAAAGGAUCAUCAACAGAAGUUCUCCCACUGAACGGUCAUCGGCUGAGUAACGGAUCCGGAUCUACAUAGACCACACUUCUGCAAUAAUGGUUGAUGUCAUGAUUAUUUUUCACAAAAUUGGAAACCUGCAUUGUAUCUGUAUCAAUCAUAUUGUUUUUGAAAUGCCUGUAUUCACAAACCACAGUUAGCGUCAUGGGGCUGAACAAGGUGAGACCUCCUUGAGCUGCUUCUGGACUCAUGACUGGAGAAGUCUUGAUAUGAGAUGUUCCACGAUUCUCCCGAUGGCCAGUGUCAGUUGAAAUAAGUCUGUUACUUCAGUUUCCUCUUCUCAACUAACGUUUCAGUGGCUCACACACAAAUCACCUGACGUUCCAGAGGCAGGACACCGUAGUUGGAUAUCGUAGUUUUACCAAUUCUUGCCAUUAUGAAAUCGUGCUUAUGGUCAAAUCUGUUAAUCCCAACAUAUCCAGAGAUGAGUUUGACCAUCCUGGUCUGGAUUACACUUGCUCUCGUGUGGAUGUUGUUGGGAAAGGUUCGGUGUCUCUCUCGUCACAGUGCAGCUAACAGGAGAAUGUCAGGGACCUUAUGUAGAUGCUGUUUUCAGAUCAUGAUGCUGUAGCUCUGAAGAAAAGGAAAAUAUCAGGCUUUAGAUUUUUAGGAAUUUGAAGGAAAAUAAGUGAUAAGGGAUUAAUUUGUAUAUUUGUAUAUAUUUUUGUAAAUAUGUUAGAAUAUAAUAUUUAAGCUAUCAAAGAAAAUGUGAAACGUCAGAGUAAGACACGAAUGGGCCAGUUUUCUUAACGUGGUCAGGCAAUUUAAAGCUUUAGUUCGGUACAUAUUCAACUUCAUUAUUAAUCUGUUAACACCAAGUAUUCUGCAGUAUCAUGUCUUCCUGAUAAAAGUCAUGGUCAGCUGAGAGGAUGUCCACAAGAAGGUUGAUGGUUAGAUUCUAAGCACACAAGCUCAAUGCACAAGUGUUCUUGUAAACGUAUGUUUACAUUUUCAUGGGACAAUAUUUAAAAGGGUACGUCAAUCUGGGAAAUGUGACUGCUACGAUAAACGGAGCCUUAAAUAUUUUUCUACUUGAAUGAAUCUAACACUUGAUUUUAAAUCCGACUACACCUGGAUUCAUAGUUUAAACUCACAUUUUAAUAGCACUAAAAUGGCCCUUACUAAUCGCACUUUGCAGUUUGGCUUUCUUGUUGCUCUGGGUUUGUACCCUCAUGGUUGAUGCACUUAUUGGGGCGGCUGUGGCUGAGGGGGAGAGCGGUCGUCCUCCAACCUGAGGGCAGUUCGAUCCCCAGUCUUCCCCAUCUGCAUGCCGAAGUGUCCUUGGGCAAGAUGCUGACCCCCGAGCUGCCCCUCGUAGAACAAUAAAGUGCUGCUAAUAGAUGCACUUUGUGAAUGGGUGAAUGUAAAACUGUACUGUAAAGCGCUUCGAGUGGUCAUCUAGAAUAGAAAAGCUCUAUAUCAAUACAAAACCAUUUACUUGUUGUAAGUCACUUUGGAUAAAAGCAUCUGCCAAAUUAAAUGUUAAGUCAGUGCCUUGAUGCAAUUUCCUCAAAUUUGGUGCAAAUAUCCAUUUUACUUCAGGAUGAACUUGACAUCUUAAGAUCAAUUUGAGGGAAAGUCUUAAGAUUUGGUGCAAACUUUCCCUUAAACUCAAAGAGGAGUUUGGUGCUUGAAGGUCUCGUCCCUGUGACCUCAUGUUACUGUUUCAGCUGCCAAGUGACUCUUACUGGAAGAAAACAGAGUAUUUGGAGACUCAUUUCAUAUGUUUUUGUAAAGAUGCUAAAGUGAUUAUUAUUCCUUUGUGCCUGCUCAACAUGUGACCAAAGCUUUUUACACUGUGAUCUCUGCGAAAAUAAAAAACUGAGUGAGUCUUGAA